AUGGCAUCUAUGGGGUCUCUUCCUUUUGUGAUCGACACUGCAAUGGAGGGUUCUGUUCUUCACUCUGCUAAUUAUCGGCGACCAAACUUUCCUUUAUUCGCGUAUAGGCCGUUAAAGUUUCUUGAUUCUGGCGUUUUGACUGAUUCGGUAUUUGGGUGUUUCAAAGUUGUGGGUGAGGAUAUUGGUAGGUCGUCUUCAAUUUCAUGGAGAACUAAGCGUCUGAGAGCAAAAGAAAAGGGCUCUGGAGACGUUGAAGAUGGUGAUAAAUCAGAGGAUACAUUUCAGGCCACAAUAGAGAAGAGCAAGAAGAUUGCAGAAAGAAGGAAACUAGUUUCAACCAUUAAGAAUAGUAUAGUAGACCCACAAGGCCAAUUUUCCAACGAAGAGGAGGACAUCACUUUUUCAAGUCUGAAUAUUGCUUCAACCCAUGAUAAUGCCACUGAUGAAGAUGAUAGUAAUGGAAAUUUAUCUACCACAAAGGAGCCUGAGGACCUACCUCCUAAAAAGGCUUCUUUCAGUGCAAAUUCCCCAAACGCAUUGGAAAAAAUUCCUUCUGAUGAAGGUGCAAAGGAAACUGAGGACUUACCCAUUCAAAAGAGUUCCUUAUAUGUAAAUUCCCGCAAACAGUUAACAGACACUGCUUCAGAGGCAGUUAGGGCCGCUGAGCUGCCAUCCUUUCUUUCGAGUUUCUCUGCAACAUCCAUUAUAAAAGAUGAACAAAAAGAAGAUUUUAAAGAAUCAAGUUUACAAGAGGUGACUGGUGAGGCAAAUGAUCCUGCGAAUGACAAUGUGAAACCCCCUCCUUUGGCUGGGCCCAAUGUUAUGAAUGUUAUAUUGGUUGCUGCAGAAUGUGCACCUUGGUCUAAAACAGGUGGGCUUGGAGAUGUUGCUGGGGCUUUACCAAAGGCUUUGGCUUGGCGUGGUCAUAGGGUUAUGGUUGUGGCACCACGUUAUGGUAAUUAUGCUGAACCUCAAGAUACUGGAGUUGGGAAAAGGUAUAGGGUUGCUGGGCAGGAUAUGGAGGUGGUUUACUACCAAGCCUAUAUUGAUGGUGAAAGUUCUGAGUUUCGGCAUAGAGAAAAUAAUAUAUAUGAGGAAAUCGUCUGUUUUGGCCAGCCACAGUGUGGCCUCCUGUUGUGGAUUCUUGGGAUUAUAAUGCUUUCUAAGUCACUACCAUCUUGUUCAGGAGUAGAGGCGUAUUAUCGGGAUAAUGGAUUGAUGAAAUACACGAGGUCCGGCCUUGUAAUUCACAACACAGCUCACCAGAAGGUUGCGAUUGCAAUAAUAAGAAGAAGUAUCAAGCUCAACCACCCUCCUGAUGAUAAUGCAUAUGGUAUGGACAAUAUUUCGAAUCCUAAGAAACCAAUCAAAGGCAGAGAUUCAAUUGAGAAAAAGUCCAGAACGCUUGUGCAACCCAUUCAUGGCAUGGUUCGGCUACGGUUCUUAACCACCAAGCAAAUAUACCCGCCAAAAACCUCCAACUGUAAUUGGAAUGUGGAUUCCGAUUUCAAAAAGCAACAAUGCCUCUCUCUCCUCAAGUCCUGCUCUUCUUUGGAUCAGCUCUUUCAAAUCCAUGCACAAAUCCUAAUCGCUGGUCUCCAGAAAGAUGAACAAAUUGUAGAUAAAAUUAUCCAAUUUUGCGCACUACAUCCCUCGGGAAGCUUGAAUCACGCAAGACGAGCUAUAAAACAAUCCGAAAACCAAAUACCCUCUUCGUGGAACAAUCUCAUCAGGGGCUAUGCUACUAAGGGCGAUUCACCAAGAGAAGCCAUAUGGGUUUUCCUUGCAAUGCGACGUUCAAGAACCAGACCCAAUGAGCUCACCUACCCAUUUCUUUUCAAGGCUUCUGCUACAUUUUCGGGGCUCAAAGAAGGGCGACAAAUCCAUACGGAUGUUUUGAAGCACGGAGUGGAUGAUGAUGUAUAUGUGCAGAAUACUGUGAUUCAUUUUUAUGGGUCUUGUAAGAAGAUUGUAGAUGCCUGCCGGAUGUUCGAUGAAAUGUUGUUUAGAACUCUCGUUUCUUGGAAUUCAAUCAUUUCUAGCUGUGUUGAUAACUUGUGGUUCUAUGAAUCGAUUAAGUAUUUUGUCAGGAUGAGAAACUGUGGGUUAAAGCCGGAUGAGACCACGAUGGUAAUUCUGCUUUCUGCUUGUGCUGAGCUUGGAAACCUGAACUUGGGAAAAUGGGCUCAUGCCCAAGUUAUUGAGAAAGGGUUGGUUGUAAAUUGUCAAUUGGGUACAUCCCUGGUUGACAUGUAUGCCAAGUGUGGAGCUGUGGAUUAUGCUAGCCUAGUUUUUGAUGCCACACUUGAACGCAAUGUAUGGACAUGGAGUGCGAUGAUUCUUGGGUUAGCCCAGCAUGGGUUUGCUACCAAAGCCCUUGAACUUUUCAGAAAAAUGAAGAAGAAUGUAGUUCAACCUAAUUAUGUGACAUUCCUUGGGGUCCUCUGUGCUUGUAGCCAUGCUGGACUGGUGGAGGAUGGACAUAGAUUCUUUCAUGAAAUGGAGAAUGUGCAUGGGAUCAAACCUAUGAUGAUACAUUAUGGUGCAAUGGUAGAUGUUUUGGGCCGUGCUGGUCAUCUAAAAGAAGCAUAUAACUUCAUCAUUGAUAUGCCGAUUAAACCUGACGCAAUUGUGUGGAGGACGCUGCUGGGCGCAUGCAACAUUCAUGAUCUCAAUGACUACAACAGGCUGGGUGAGAAGGUAAGAGAGAAGUUACUUGAAUUGGAGCCAAGGAGGAGUGGAAAUUUCAUAAUGGUCGCUAACAAGUAUGCUGAAGCUGGGAAGUGGGACAAAGCAGCACAUGUGAGAAGCAGUAUAAGCGACAGAGGCUUGAAGAAGAUGGCUGGGGAGAGCCUUAUUGAGGUAAGGGGAUCCAUCCAUAGGUUCUUUUCUGGAGAAGAUGAUCAAGUUGAUUGUGACAGUAUCUCCCUGUUACUAGAUAUAUUGAAUUUGCAUAUGAAGAUGGUUAACUAUGAGUAA